UUUGCGACUGUCCCGACAAGAAGCUGCGAAAAGUAAAGAUGACAAGCUACACUGACAAAGGUGAAAAGCACGAGCAGGGCAGGUUCGUCUGCUUUGACCACAUCACUUUCUGGGUUGGAAAUGCCAAACAGGCAGCAUCCUUUUAUUGUACUAAACUGGGUUUUGAACCCUUGGCGUAUUGUGGGUUGGAGACAGGCAGCCGGGAUGUGGUGUCUCACGUGGUGAAACAGGGCAAGAUUAUUUAUGUCUUCUCCUCUGCAUUGAACCCUGGCAAUAAAGAGUUGGGUGAACACCUGGUGAAGCAUGGGGAUGGUGUUAAAGAUGUAGCCUUUACUGUAGAGAACUGUGACUUUCUGGUGGAGAAAGCUAGAGAGAGGGGUGCUAUUAUUGUUCAGGAGCCCCGUGUUGUGGAGGAUAAGUUUGGCAAAGUGAAACUGGCAGUGCUGCAAACAUAUGGUGAUACCACUCACACUUUGGUGGAGAGGGCAGGGUAUAAUGGGCUCUUCCUCCCCGGAUACCACCCUCCUUUGUUCUGUGACCCUUCCCUGGCAAAAAUGCCGAGCGGCAAACUCGACUUCAUUGACCAUGUGGUUGGAAACCAGCCAGACAAUGAGAUGGUGUCAAUAGUAGAAUGGUAUCAGAGAAACUUGCUGUUUCACAGAUUCUGGUCUGUGGAUGAUAAGCAGUUACAGACUGAAUACAGUGCGCUGCGGUCCAUAGUGGUGGCCAACUAUGAAGAAAGCGUUAAAAUGCCAAUCAAUGAACCGGCCAUGGGAAAGCGCAAGUCUCAGAUCCAGGAAUAUGUGGAGUACUAUGGUGGCCCAGGCGUUCAACAUAUCGCUAUGAACACCUCUGACAUCAUUACAGCAAUCCGUAACCUAAAGGAACGUGGCAUGGAGUUUAUGACUGUGCCCGAUACUUACUACAAGCAGCUCACAGAGAAGCUGAAGCAGUCCAAGGUCAAAAUUUCAGAAGAUAUGAGCAUACUGGAGGAACUUAAAAUAUUGGUGGAUUAUGACGACAAUGGCUACCUGCUCCAGAUCUUCACGAAACCCAUACAAGAUAGGCCCACUGUAUUUUUAGAGGUCAUCCAGAGACACAACCAUCAAGGGUUUGGUGCUGGAAAUUUCAAAUCUUUGUUUGAAGCAAUUGAAGCUGACCAGAAUGCCAGAGGAAAUCUCACUGUACUUAAUCCUAAUGGGACAUUACAGAACCUCUGAAGUCUUUACACGUUACACAGAAAAAGCAUGCAAAAUAAACUUUGUUACUUUAAUUUCGCAUUUCAGAGUCUUAAAAAAACUGUCUAUACGCAAGCAAAGGGGCUUAAGACAAAUAAAUAGUUGUAAUGCGAUAAA